AUGUCAACCGCAGAAGCAAGCGUUCCUGAAAUCGUCCCCACUGAGGAUGUAAACGAAGUUGAAGCCAGCAUUCUUCCAGAACCGUUCACCGCUGAAACCCAAGAACUUAGAUCUAGAUUAGAAGCAUUCUUCCAUCAAUAUUAUUCCAUAAGUCAUCUGAAAUACCUUAGUGCAUGUUACAAUCUUAGACAACCAGAAGAUGAUGAUCCUCUUGGUCAAUUCAUGAAUGCAAUUCCUCAUUUAUUUAUUUUUAAUUAUUAUAGAUAUAAUAAGAUUAGUAAAAGAUUAGGUAGUGCUUAUUGUCAUGUUUUGAAUGAAUAUUUUCAAGAAUGGAAACAAAACCCUACUGAAUUUAAAGUCCCAAGUGAAGAAGAAAUUAAUGAUAGAUUGAAUAAGAAUAAAAUCUAUUCUGAAUAUGUUACUCAAUUUAAGAGAAUACUGAUUUGUGAUGAAGAUAAACAAGAUGCUCUUAAGGCUGUUCAUGCUGUUCAAGAUGAACAACAACCUCGUAAAGAGAGUCAAUUUGUUCAUGGGAUAGAAAAGGGAUUGAAGACUAUUAAGGAUAUUUUAUUCAUGGAUUAG